CUUAGUUUCAUAUUACGAAAUUGCAGAUAAAGCUAGUUGUUUCAACUAUGGCUGGUUUUUUCACGUGUGGCCUUGAUCAAGUGUUUAUCCAUCUCUGUAGCUGCCUUGGCGGUGAAGUCAAUUAUGUUUGGAACCUUGAGAAGAAUCUGGCGGCUCUAGAGGAAACCAUGAAGGAACUCAGAGCAAGGCGAGCUGAUGUGCUAACAAAGGUGCAGAGGCAAGAAAGCGAGGGUCUACAAAGGCUUAACGAAGUUGAGGUAUGGCUUACAAGUGUCGAGAAUAUCCAAAACCAAGUCUAUAAGUUGCUUCUUACUCGUAGUGAUGAACUUGAAAGGUUGUGUCUUUGUGGUCUUUGCGCCAAAAACUUGAGCUUGAGUCAGAGCUACGGGAAAAGGGUUUUCGAGAUGUUGAAAGAAGUUGAAGAUGUCCAAUCGAAAGGAGUGUUUGAAGUGGUGGCUGGGCUACCUACGAUAGCUGUGGCAGUGGAGAGGCCUUUACCAAAGACGAUUGUUGGUCAAGAAAAGAUGCUCGAAAGGGCACUGAUGCACCUCAUGGAUGACAAAACCGAGACUAUGGGUCUAUACGGUAUGGGUGGAGUAGGAAAAACAACUCUUCUCGAACAAAUCAACAAUUAUUUUAUUGAGCACCCAGUUGACGGGGUCGAAAAAGUCAUCUUUGUUGUGGUGUCCAGCGAGCUACGGGUUGAGAUGAUUCAAGAUGAGAUUGCUGAGAAACUAGGAUUUCGUAUGGAGGAGUGGAAACAAAAAGAGAAACACCGUAAGGUCACUGCUUUAUACACUCGUAUGAAGACAAAGAAAUUUAUCUUGUUAUUAGAUGACAUUUGGAAGGAAGUGGAUUUAAAAGAAAUCGGAGUCCCAUUUCCGACAAGGGCAAAUGGAUGCAAAGUGGUGUUCACCACUCGUUUUAGGGAAGUAUGUGGUCAGAUGGGGGUUGAUGAUCCGAUAGAAGUGAAGUGUUUGGAGUCCAACGAAGCUUGGGAUUUGUUCCGUGCUAAAGUUGGGAAAAUCACAUUAGAAAGUCACCCAGAUAUUCUUGAGCUUGCAUGUCAAGUUGCCGGAAAAUGUCAUGGUUUACCGUUAGCGCUGAACAUCAUCGGGAAAAACAUGGCGUCCAAGAGGACGGUGGAAAAAUGGGAGCAAGCAGUCUACACUCUUGCUUCUUCCGCUGCAGAGUUUCCUGGUAUGAAAGACCAUAUUCUUCCAAUCUUGAAGUAUAGCUAUGAUAGCCUCAAGGGUGAGCAUGUCAAGUCUUGUUUUCUAUUUCCAGAAGAUUUUGCAAUAAAAAAAGGAGAAGUUGGUAGAUUACUGGAUAUGCGAAAAAUUCAUAGAUGUAAAGCAAGGAAGAAAGAUGGCUAGAAACGAGGCUUAUGGGAUAAUUGGUACCCUUGUCGAGGCUUGUUUACUGACGGAAGAAGGAAAUUACAAGUAUUGGUUACCUACUGAUAAAAAAGACAAAUCAAGGGUGAAAAUGCAUGAUGUGGUUCGAGAGAUGGCAUUGUGGAUAGCAUCUGAUUUUGGGAAGGAUAAAGAGAGAUGUAUCGUGAAAGCUGGUGUUGGUUUACCUGAAGUACCAACUGUGGAGAACUGGAGAUCUGUGAGAAGAAUGUCUCUGAUGGACAAUGGGAUUGGAAAUAUAUCUGACAGCCCUAAUUGCCCUGAGCUUACAACUCUGCUCUUCCAAAAAAAUGAGAUCGUGAAUAUCUCAGGUGAAUUCUUCAAGUCGAUGCCCAUGUUAGUCGUAUUGAAUCUAUCACAUAAUAGACUUUUCCAUGGAUUUCCAGUGGAAAUAUCAAAUUUGGUCUCCUUGCGAUAUCUCGAAGCUGAUAUAUCUGAAUAUGGAGGGAACGGGACUUGCGAGUGUUUCUGGGAUAUCAAAUUUGUCGAGUUUGAGGACACUCCGACUACGACAUAACAAAAUGUCACGAGAUUCCAAUGUAAUGGAGGAACUGCAGCUCUUAGAACAUUUAGAAGUGUUGACCAUAGAAAUCUGCUCAAUUUUUAUUGCAGAUCAACUGGUAAAUGCUUACAGAGAAGCAAAUGCUAUUCAAGCGAUAUCUAUUCGUUUCAUUGAGGAGGAAUCAAUAUUGAAUCUUCCAGAUAUGGCGGCUCUCAGUAAAUUAGAUAUGUUCCGAAGUGGAAUGGUGGAGGUAAAUGUCAUGAGGAGUACAUCAUCAUGGAACAAAAAUCCAACAACUCCAAGCUUCCCAAACCUCUCUACAGUGACUUUAAGCUAUUGCCAUGGUCUAAAAGACUUGACAUGGCUUUUGUUCGCACCAAACCUUAAGGCUCUUUACGUUGUUAGUUCAGCUCAAGUGGAAGAUAUAAUCAGCAAAGAAAAAGCUGCGAAUAUUCUCACAGAGGAGGUCGGUACCAUCAUUCCUUUUCGGAAAUUAGAGCAUUUCCAAGUGAACAGUUUGCCACAGCUGAAGAGCAUCUACUGGAAUCCUCUCCCUUUCCCACGUUUGAGAAAUUUCAGCAUAGUAAUGUGUCCAAAUCUGAGAAAGCUUCCAUUGAAUUCUAGAAGUGGCAGCAGUUUUGAGGGUGAAGAGCUUGUCAUACAUAAUGGAGAACAAGAGUGGAUAGAUAAGGUUGAAUGGGAAGAUGAAGCGACUAAAGAGCGUUUCCUACUUUCCUUCAAUCCUGCCCUCUAUUGAGCCACAACAGGUUUCC